AUGAAAAUCGACAACGGUUUACAUUAUAGAGCGGAAAAUUGCAAUGGUGACGUGAUACAGCGAACCAUCACUCCCACGAUCUGUGAGGAUGGCGCUUGUCGUUGCGACUCCUUCACAAGGGUCAUAUGUAGCUGUACUAAGGAAUCAGAAGAGGUGACUCUACGGCCGGACGGCGCGUACAGAAUGCCUACGAUGGCUACUGGCAUCAGAAUCGAGGGGUGCGGCAGCGUCACUUUCCUGCCUGACACAGUACGAAAUCUCAUGCAGUUACGAACAAUAGAACUAAGAAACAUCGGCCACAUAGUGAUAAGUGAAAGAGCUUUGAAUUGGUCCCCAUUUAGCAGAGACAGUGAGAUGAAUCCAGGCAUUAGAAUAACUAUACAAAAUAGUACAGUGAGUGAAAUAGCGUCCCACGCCAUACAGGGGAGAAUUAAUGAUGUGUUAAUUAAGGAUAGCCGAAUAAACGUUCUUCGGCCUUUCGCGUUUUCUAGUCUCACCGGUGUUAAAAGUGUCGAGCUAACGAAUAAUGUGUUCGAGACUAUAGACAUCCAAACAUUUAAAAAGUUCACCACCGCCAACUUUAUGGUGAGAGGUGGAACCAUAAAAACUUUACCGAGUAGAUUUUUAUCAGACGUAGAAGUUACUAAUUUAUUUCGCUUAGACGGGGUAAACAUAAAUCAUAUGUCUAGUUUGACGUUUCUUGUCACCUCACCAAAGAGAAUAUUGAUAGAAAAUAAUGUGAUACAAACAGUGGAGGGCGAUGCAUUUCAUAUGGUUUCGAGGGGCCCAAUAACCUUUAGAAAUAACAGCGUUUCAAAAUUAAAUAAAGGAGCUUUCUACGGUUUUAGUGUUCAUAGAGAAACAUUUUCAGUGAUGGGACGCCAGGAGCUAUUAGUAGAUAACAAUACUAUAACAAACUUAACGCCAUUGUCUCUGAUGUACAAUCAGACGGCGCUUUCAUUACGCGUUGAUGGACUAAACUUGAACACGGUGUGUAGUUGUGAACUCGCUGAAGAAUGGCGAGAGAUGUACAACGAACAAGGCGGAAUCAUCAACUGCUGGUACGACCUCGAAGGAUAUUACAUUUCCUUACCAACUUUCGUGAGCAUCCGCUGCGGUUCUUUCAAGAAAACCUUCUGGAUAUUUGUCGUAGUGGGAGUCUUGCUUGUCCUAAUAACCGCCGGGAUUGCAAUAUUCUUUAUUGUAAGAAGAGAGAACGAAAAGAAAAAGAAGUUACAGAUAGUUCUACCGGACGGUAAGACGUACAAAGAAACAGAGUUUCACAUUAUCGUAGAGAGAGCUGAGUUACUAACGACGGAUCUAUAA